AUGAGUUCUCUGAUCGCUUUAAGACAAGGUGUUCUGACGAGAGCACAAAACCGUCUCGCAGGCAUACUAGAGACACACACUGGUCUCCUCAGCUUCAGCCAGGAAACCCGCGACAUCAUGGAAAUGCAAAAGCUGAUCAAGAAGACGAAAGCAUCGACCCUACUGGAGAUGCAGAAGGUCGAAGAAGCGAUACUGAAGGAUCCGACGUCCUCUUAG